AGCACCACGUUUCAGCGCCGGGUUUCCACAAAAAUUUUUGGCUAGCACAAAGUAAAAACAAACGGCACACAGCUAAAAAGGAAUCCGAAGGAUACUCCGUCGAAAAUGGUAUCGACUCUAGUUUUUAGCAGCUCAAAUGUGGCGAUCGGUGGACUAAUCGCGGCCGAACUGCUCCAUCCUAGCAAUCCGGUUGAGGUGUCCUGGGGCAACGAGACUUCGAUCAAGUUCGCCAAUCAUUCGCUUGUCUGCAUCACCAACAACGAUGUACUACGUGCCCUGGCCCGUUUGGCCCCGGCUUACCGGCUGUAUGGCGAAACACCGAUCGAACGCACCCAGAUUGACCACUGGCUAACGUAUACUCUGUCCAUGGAGAAGGAUCCUUCGGACGAGCUGAAAUAUCUGAACAAAUGUCUUGGACCGCUGACUUAUCUUGUGGCCAAUCAUCUUACCAUCGCUGAUCUGGCCGUGUUCAACGAGCUGUACGCGCGGUACGAUGAGCUGCGUCGUAUCGGCAUCCCGGUGCAUGUCCAGCGUUGGUAUAACCUGAUGCUGGCCCAACCUUGCACCAAGGAAGUGUUCCGAAAGUACGAGAAAGAGCUACAGGCGGCCGUAGCCGGCUCGCGAGUCAAGAAGGAAACGACACCGGAGAAGGGUUCGGAGAAACGCGAGCAGGGCAAGUUUGUCGAUCUGCCGGGUGCGGAAAUGGGCAAGGUAAUAGUGCGUUUUCCACCGGAAGCGUCCGGCUAUUUGCACAUCGGACACGCCAAGGCAGCCCUGCUCAACCAGUACUACCAGCAAGCGUUCCAGGGAAAGCUAAUCAUGCGCUUCGACGAUACGAAUCCGGCCAAGGAGAACGUGCAUUUUGAACAAGUUAUCCUCGAGGAUCUGAAGAUGCUCAAGAUCGAUCCGGAUCUCUUCACGCAUACCUCGCAGUACUUCGAUUUGAUGCUCGACUAUUGUGUGCGGUUGUUGAAGGAGGGCAAAGCCUACGUAGAUGAUACUGAGCCGGAGCAGAUGAAGAAGGAGCGUGAGGAGCGCGUCGAGUCGAAGAACCGGUCCAACACGCCGGAACGUAAUCUCGAGUUGUGGGCCGAAAUGGUGAAAGGUUCGCCGUCUGGGCAAAAGUGUUGCGUCCGGGCAAAGAUCGACAUGUCUUCGGCGAACGGUUGCAUGCGCGAUCCAACCAUCUAUCGUUGCAAGAAUGAACCGCAUCCACGCACUGGUACCCAGUACAAGGUGUAUCCUACGUACGAUUUCGCUUGCCCUAUCGUUGACGCUAUCGAGAACGUAACGCACACGCUACGUACCAUGGAGUACCACGAUCGCGACGAGCAGUUCUACUGGUUCAUCGAGGCGCUCGGUUUACGCCGACCGUACAUCUGGGAAUAUAGCCGGCUCAACAUGACGAACACGGUGCUAUCGAAGCGCAAGCUGACCUGGUUCGUGGAGCAGGGCCUGGUGGAUGGUUGGGACGAUCCACGGUUUCCGACUGUUCGGGGUAUUCUGCGGCGUGGUAUGACCGUGGAGGGGCUUCGCGAGUUCAUCAUUGCACAGGGUUCGAGCAAAUCGGUCGUGUUUAUGGAGUGGGACAAAAUUUGGGCAUUUAACAAGAAGGUGAUUGAUCCAAUCGCGCCCCGCUACACGGCUCUCGAAAACGAAGGUCGUAUCCCAGUGAAUGUGGCCGGCGCGAAGUCAGGCUCGCUGCAAGCCGCCGUUCAUCCGAAGAAUGCUGACAUAGGCAUGAAGACGGUACACGUUGGACCACGUGUAUUGAUCGAUGUGGCCGAUGCUCGGGAGCUGAAGGAGGGUGAAAAUGCGACGUUCAUUAACUGGGGCAAUCUGAUGAUCAACAAGGUGCACCGGAACGGAGCCGGUGACCCCGUAUCGAUCGAUGCCGCGCUGAAUCUGGACAAUAAGGAUUACAAGAAGACGCUCAAGCUGACGUGGCUCUGUGAGCUGUCGGCGGAGCAGUACACUCCGACCUACUGCGUGUACUUUGAGCAUAUCAUCAGCAAGGCGGUAUUGGGCAAGGAUGAGGAUUUCAAAAACUACAUCGGUCACCAAACUCGGACCGAGGUGCCCAUGCUGGGAGAUCCGGAGCUGAAAAAGCUUAGCAAAGGGGACAUCAUUCAGCUGCAGCGUCGCGGUUUCUUCAAGGUCGACCAAGCCUACCAGCCGGCAAGUGAAUUUAGCGGAGCCGAAACACCGAUCGUGCUGUUUGCCAUUCCUGAUGGCCAUGCUACUGCGCAAGCAACGGCAAAUGUACCGAAGAAGGAGGUCGCUACAGAGAGUAAAAAAUCAAAGCAAGCUAAAUCAGCUGCCAUCGCUACCAGUGGUGACGUGACCGCCAGUACCACCAGCAGCAGCGCGUUGAACGAUUCGAUCACCCAACAGGGCGAAAAGGUACGUCAGUUGAAGGCGGACAAGGCACCGAAGGCGGACGUCGACGCGGCGGUGAAAGUGUUGCUCGAGCUGAAGGCACAAUACAAGACGUUGACGGGCAGUGACUGGAAGCCAGGAACUGUUGCGGCUGCCACUACCGCAAGUACCAACGUCGGCACCGUCAAUGCUAAUGCUGGAUCGAAUGUAGCGGAUACUUUGAAUGCGAAAAUCACUGAGCAAGGCAAUUUGGUGCGCGAUUUGAAGGGUAAAAAGGCUCCGAAAGCGGAUAUUGAUGCUGCUGUAAAGGAGUUGCUUAGUUUGAAAGUUCAAUUCAAGACUGCCACCGGAAGUGAGUGGAAACCGGGAGCAACUCCGGUACAGCCGCAAGCAGCUCCAGCAACCGCUGCUUCUACAGCUGCCGGUGCAGAUGUGUUUAAUGCAAAAAUUGUUGAGCAGGGCAACUUGGUGCGUGAUUUGAAGGCCAAAAAGGCUCCCAAAGCGGACAUUGACGCUGCGGUGAAGGAGCUGCUGAAUCUAAAGGCCCAGUUCAAAUCGGCCGCGGGAAGCGAGUGGAAACCGGGCGCGGUUGUGGCUGCUCCGGCCACUGCAAGCGUUCCCUUGAAACCGAUCAACGCCAAUAGCGGUGCUGUUGCGACCGGAUCAUCGGUUGAACUGAACGACAAGAUCGUAGCGCAAGGAGAUCUAGUACGUGAGCUGAAAUCAAAGAAGGCAAACAAAGCAGACAUUGACGAGGCUGUGAAAGCACUGCUCGCACUGAAAGCACAGUACAAACAGGCGACGGGUGGACAGGAGUGGAAACCGGGUUGCGUACCACCGGUACAAACUGCAUCGUCGCAAGCUCCUUCCGCAGCCGCUGCUACUGGAGAGUCAGUUCUGUUAGAGCAGAUUGCUGAGCAGGGUGAAAAGAUCCGCACACUUAAAGCCAACAAGGCGGAUAAAUCAACGGUUGACACAGAGGUUGGUGUGCUGUUGAAGCUGAAAGCCGAUUAUAAGGCAACGACCGGAAAAGAUUGGAAACCGGGAAUGAGUGCUCCACCGAAGGCACCAGUUGCUGCGGUAGCGGUAGAACAUGGCAAGGAAAACGUUUCUCCAAGUGGUGGUGAUGCAGCAAACCUUAAGGACGCACUGGCUGAGAAGAUCACCAAGCAGGGUGAUACGGUGCGUAGUUUGAAGAGCGCAGGUGGCGCCAAAUCGGAAAUCGAUGCUGCCGUUAAGCUGCUGCUGGAUCUGAAGGCCGAAUACAAGAAGCUCACCGGCACGGAUUAUGUUCCACCGGGCGGUGCGGCAGGAGGUCGUCAACAAUCGAAGCAGGCUCCAGCAGCGAAGAAGGCCCCGAAACAGGAACCGAAGAAACCAGAGCGUAAGGAGGAAGGUACCGCGGGGGGACCGAAGAAGCAAACGCGACUCGGACUCGAGGCUACCAAGGAGGACAAUCUGCCCGAUUGGUACUCACAGGUCAUCACGAAGGGUGAAAUGAUCGAAUACUACGACGUGUCCGGUUGCUACAUUCUCCGUCACUGGUCGUUUGCCAUCUGGAAGGCGAUCCGGAACUGGUUCGAUGCAGAAAUCACGCGACUGGGGGUGAAGGAGUGCUACUUCCCAAUCUUCGUGUCACGGGCCGCGCUCGAACGCGAGAAGACGCAUAUUGCCGACUUUGCGCCCGAGGUGGCUUGGGUGACGAAGAGCGGCGACUCAGAGCUGGCUGAACCGAUCGCAGUACGUCCGACGUCCGAGACGGUCAUGUAUCCGGCCUACGCGAAAUGGAUCCAAUCGUACCGCGAUCUACCGAUUCGUCUAAACCAGUGGAACAACGUUGUGCGCUGGGAGUUCAAACAUCCUCAGCCGUUCCUGCGUACCCGCGAGUUCCUGUGGCAGGAGGGCCACACGGCGUUUGCGACGAAGGCCGAAGCGGAUGAGGAGGUGCUCACGAUACUCGACCUGUACGCGAAGGUAUACACCGACCUGCUGGCCAUCCCGGUGGUGAAAGGCCGUAAGACGGAGAAAGAAAAGUUCGCCGGUGGUGACUACACGACGACGGUUGAGGCGUACAUUUCGGCAUCCGGUCGUGCGAUCCAGGGUGCCACGAGCCACCAUUUGGGUCAGAACUUCUCGCGCAUGUUUGACAUCGUGUACGAGCACCCGGAGACCAAGGAAAAGGAAUAUGUGUACCAGAACUCGUGGGGUAUUACGACGCGCACGAUCGGUGUGAUGAUAAUGGUGCACGCGGACAACCAGGGACUGGUGUUGCCUCCGCGUGUCGCCUGUAUUCAGGUGGUCAUCGUACCGUGCGGUAUUACGGCCACUACGACGGACGAGGAGCGCCGCCGACUGUACGAGAGUUGCCGCGAGCUGGAACGCUCCCUGGUCGGAGCGGGCAUUCGCUGCGAAGGGGAUUACCGGGAUAACUACUCGCCCGGCUGGAAGUACAAUCACUGGGAGCUGAAGGGUGUGCCGGUACGCAUCGAGCUGGGCUUCAAGGACCUGCAGAAGGGCGAAUGUGUGGCGGUGCGGCGGGACAAUGGUACGAAGUUGACGGUUCGCCGCGAGCAGGCAACAGUUGAACUGCCUAAGCUGCUCGAAACCAUUCACGAGAGCAUGUACGCCAAGGCGGAUCGUGAUCUCCAUGAUCACAUUAAGGUGACCAAGGACUGGUCCGCCUUUUUGCAGUUCCUUGAGGAGAAGAAUAUCAUUCUGGCACCGUUCUGUGGCGAGAUUCCGUGCGAGGAUCGCAUCAAGGCCGAGAGUGCCCGGGACGACGGUGCCGAGGUGGAAGCGGGUGCACCGGCCAUGGGUGCGAAGUCGCUGUGCAUCCCAUUCCAGCAGCCGGCCCAGAUCGAUCCGAAGAAGGAUAAGUGCGUACAUCCGGCCUGUGGUCGUGCAGCCAAGUUCUACACGCUCUUUGGUCGAAGCUACUAAAACCAGGUGGUGUAAUACGGCGAUGAUCUACGCUUCAUACUUCUCUUCAGCUACCGUUCAGAGUGCUUAUCCUGUGUUCAUUAUCAUAGUAUAGUUGCUCAACCUAAGGGCACUCAAAUACACAAACAUCCAUUGGAGUAAUUUAAAAGUUGACAAAUAAACCGAAUGUCCGUAACAGGUACCUCCUUUGUUGG